AUGAGGCUACGAGGCUGGAGACAGUUGGAAAGGCAGAAACUGGCUCCCGGCAGCAGUGACCUGGUGCCGGCUGUGUGCCAGGCCCCGUCCGGGCAUCUGCUCCUCAGCCAGCCUCUAGGGCAGGGCAGUGAGCAGGGGGUCCCCCGGGCCCAGGUACAGGGCGUGUGCAGAGCCCGGACCCCAGAUUCUGGACGGGACAGGGAGAGGCAGGGCUCACCUCAUCUCCCCCAGCAGUCUCACCCGGAGAGGAUCCCAGCUGGCGAGCUCGGCAGCCCAGGGCCUGGCUGCACGUACCUGGACUGGGACUGCCAAGGUGGCCACCUGCCCAGGAAGGAGAGAUUCGCCGGGACCUGGGGCUUCAAGGGCCAAAACCAGGGCAUCGCAGGCCAGCCAGGGGCAGACCCCAGGCGGGCGCUCCCCGAGGCUUGCUGCGGAGCCAGGCUGGGGCCUCCUGAGUGUGUGAUGGCCCAGGGCACAGGCGUCAGCAGCGAUGAUGUUCAGAAGAGGUUCCUGAAGGUUUCUCCCAGGGCCGCCUUGGGGUCCUCAUCGCCUGCCCUGAAGCCAGCCUCCCAAACCCAGGGCCUCGCCAACCCCGCUCAAACUCAGGUCGGCCCUCGACCACCACCCCCAAGGGCCACCACCCCUGAGGUCACCACCCCUGAGGGCCACCCUCCACGCCAGCCCAAACUCAGGGCUUUCCUGGGUGGGCAGACAGCCUCUGCAGUCUGCCCUCUGGGAGUCCGGAUGAGGACCCACAAGAGCAGAGUCUCCUAUGCCGGUGUGGCCCUGGGGCUCCCAGCCGGCUGGUUACCUUUCCAUAGAAUGCAGUCGACCUUGACCCACAGCAGUUGGAAGCUCUUCCUCCAGGACGAAGGGCGCAGGGUGGAGGGUGGAGGGCGGCAGGUGGCCUUGCUGGGAGCAGGACAGCAAGGAAGUCGGUCAGAGGUCAUGGAGCGGAUGGUGCUGGAAGAUGCUGAUGAUGCCAGGUCCCCACUGGUGGCCAGGGCUCAGUGGGCCUCGGGCGGGAAUGAGCCAGCGGCCAGGACGCUCGUGGGCCCAGACAGUGCCUCAGAGACCAAGCAUCCCACGAGUGAGGUCACCUGGGCAGGCACAGCACAGUCCAGGGGGCACUGGCCAGUGCUGGCAGAGGCGUCCAGCCCAGACAAGCUGGCCGCUGCAGGCUGCAGGGCAGAUGGGCCACCAGGCAGCUGCCCAAGCUGGCAGCGGCUGCCAGGGCUUGUGGAAGCCCCGCCGAGGACCAGCCAACUGCGCACCCAGCGGUCCAGCGACAGUGUGCCCGGCAGAGCUGCCGCGGAGAGGGGCCAGGCACGGGCAGCCCAGAGGAGGCCCCCACGGAGCUCCCCACUGAUUCAGCCACCUUGGAGGAGACCGCCAGCAGGACUUCCCAGGCAGACGGGUGGGAAGGGCAUCCGCCCAGGGCCCCGCACGGGACAGGAAUGGUGGGGUCCUGGAGCACCCCCAGUGGUCAUGAUGAUGGCCCCAGAAGCAGAGAAGGUGGUGUCCACUGCCAGGCUGGGGCCAACAGCGUCCACACCUCCCGAGGGUGCCUGCCAGGUCUUCAGGUUUAUUUCCAAGAGGAGAAGACGGGGAUCCAAGAUACGGCCCGACGACGGCGGCCAAGCUGCCCAGGGUGGCCGCGUGAGGAGGGCUCCACGCCCCCAGGUCACUCUGGCCCGGGGACCCUACGGUCGGCGGCCAGGGGAAGCCGCCUCCUCCCCGGUCAGAGCUAAACCCCAGAGCUCAGCCGGCCCCCUGGCGCCUCGACCCCAGCCCAGCGGCGUCCUCGAUCGCCCGCCCCCUCCCCUGUUCUCCGCCCCCUCCUCUUUACCCGCACCCCGCCCGCCACCUUCGCCUUCCUCCUCCUCCGCGCAGGCCCCUCCUCGGCUCCUCUGCUCGGAACCUCGCGCCCCCGUCCGCCUCCCUCCUCCUCUCCCUCCUCCUCUCCCCGCCGCCGGGCCCCCACUGGAUCCCGGACCCCUCCUCGUCCCCGGGGUGUGCCCCGCCUCCCUCGGCCGCCCCCCCAUCUCUCCGCGUCCUGCCGCCAGCCCGGCCCUCCUCUCAGUCCGGCCGCCCUCGCCGUCCUCCGCGCGCUGCCCGCGGCCCCUCCUCGGUGCCCGCGGCCGCUCCGCGUACGGGGUGACGCAGCGCCGCCCGCCCGCCCGCCCGCGCCCCGCCCGCUCCGCGCCGCCGCCGCCGCCGCCGCGCCCCGGCCGGCUCCAGGGGGCCGCUAACGGUCCCGCGCCCCUCGGCGCUGCGCGCGCCCCCAGCCCGGCGGAGCAGGCGGCGCCCCGGGCGCCGGGCGCGAUGGGGGCGGCGGAGCCGCUGCGCUCCGUGCUCUGGGUGAAGCAGCAGCGCUGCGCCGUGAGCCUGGACCCCGCGCGGGCGCUGCUGCGCUGGUGGCGGAGUCCCGGGCCCGGAGCCGGGGACCCGGGCGCGGAUGCCUGCUCUGUGCCUGUUUCCGAGAUCAUCACCGUUGAGGAGACGGACGUUAACGGGAAGCAGUACACCAGCGGAAAAUGGCAGAAAAUGGAAAAGCCGUACGCGUUCACAGUGCACCGCGUGCGGAGGGCCCGGCGGCGCCGCUGGAGGUGGGCGCAGGUGACGUUCUGGUGCCCGGAGGAGCGGCUGUACCACCUGUGGCUGCAGACCCUGCGGGAGCUGCUGGAGGCGCUGACAUCGAGACCGAAGCACUUACUGGUGUUCAUCAACCCGCUCGGAGGGAAAGGACAGGGCAAGAGGAUCUACGAGAAGAAGGUGGCCCCGCUGUUCACACUGGCCUCCAUCACCACUGACAUCAUCGUAACUGAACGUGCCAACCACGCCAGGGAGAGCCUGUAUGAGCUCAGCAUAGACAAGUACGACGGCAUCGUGUGUGUGGGCGGAGAUGGCAUGUUCAGCGAGGUCCUGCAUGGCCUGGUGGGCAGGACGCAGAGGGACGCCGGUGUGGACCAGAACCAGCCGCGGGCCACGCUGGUACCCAGCCCACUCCGCAUCGGCAUCAUCCCCGCGGGGUCGACGGACUGUGUGUGUUACUCGACAGUUGGCACAAAUGACGCGGAGACUUCGGCUCUGCACAUCAUCGUGGGGGACUCGCUGUCCAUGGACGUGUCGGCUGUGCACCACAACAGCACACUCCUGCGGUACUCCGUGUCCCUGCUGGGCUACGGCUUCUACGGGGACAUCAUCAAGGACAGCGAGAAGAAGCGGUGGAUGGGCCUCAUCAGAUAUGACUUCUCAGGGUUGAAGACCUUCUUCUCCCAUCACUGCUACGAAGGCACAGUGUCCUUCCUGCCAGCUCAGCACACCGUGGGCUCCCCAAGGGACCGGAAACCCUGCCGGGCAGGGUGCUCCGUGUGCAGGCAGAGCAGGCAGCAGCUGGAGGAGGAGCAGAAGCGCUCGCUGUACGGCCUGGACGGCACGGAGGAGGUGGAGGAGUGGAAGGUCCUCUGCGGGCAGUUCCUGGCCAUCAACGCCACCAACAUGUCCUGCGCUUGUCCCCGGAGCCCCCAGGGCCUCUCCCCGGCCGCCCACCUGGGGGACGGCUCCUCUGACCUCAUCCUCAUCCGGAAGUGCUCCCGGUUCAACUUCCUGCGCUUUCUGGUCAGGCACACCAACCAGGGCGACCAGUUUGACUUCACCUUCGUGGAAGUCUACCGCGUCAAGAAGUUCCAGUUUGUGUCGAAGCCAGCGGAGGACGAGGACGGCAGCGUGCUGGGCCGCGGGAAGAAGCGACUGGGACAGCUGUGCAGCGAGCACCCCAGCGCCUGCUGCUGCCGCGCCUCCAGCAGCGCCUGGAACUGCGACGGGGAGGUGCUCAGCAGCCCGGCCAUCGAGGUCAGGGUCCACUGCCAGCUGGUUCGGCUCUUCGCACGAGGAAUCGAAGAGAGCCCCAAGCAGGAGUCCCGCGGCUGAGCGCCGACCGUGGGGACCGUGUCUCAGACAAUGACGACAGACCAAUUAUGUUGCGAUACAUUCAAAUUUAGAAAUUUAUUUUUGAUAGUUGAAUAUUGAUUUUAGAAAAAAUAACGUUUUUGUCAGCAAUUUUUGUGGAUGCAUUUGGCAUUUUCGGUUCUGUGUGCGUCUGUGGGCUGCAUCUUACGGGUCUCAGCCCCAGCAGGUGGCCCAUGCUGGCUGGGGCGCGCCGGCCCCUUAGACUGCAGCCGCGCUGACGGCCCGCCCCGGCUCUAACGAGCAGCUCAGGGGCGGUGCAUUCUGUCGCGCGCAUCCUCGGGUCCCUGGGCUGCUCGGCAGGACCUGCUCUGGAGCGCGGUGGUCAGCGCCUGCUGAGUCGUGGUUCUCUUUGUAGCACUUGCCUCUUCCCUCGCGAUUAGAGCGGCCCAUCUGGACCCUUCCCGUCUCGCGCAUCUACAAGGCAAUGUCCUAGUCCGCCUCCGGGGCAGCCUGGUCCAGCGAGCGGGAGGGACUCCCCGGGUUGCUCUCCCGUAGCUGUGAAGAGCUCAGUCCCCUCUCCCAUCACAGCAGUGCUUCUAGACAAUCCGGUGGGAGGACAGGUCAGGCGUCCCAGAAACCGACCACUCGUGAAGCCCUGGCGAGUGUCUUAAUGCUUAGACGCCCCCAGCGCUGUCCCCAUGGCGGGGGCUGCUGUGGUUGAGCUCGGUGGGCAGACGGGAAGCAGCCGUGAACUUCAGACCGAGCGCCCCACCGCCCUGGGGAGAGGGUCCCACAUCCCAGGGUGCCCUUCCCGCAGCCCCGAGUCCGUACACAUGACCCAGGUCCAUGCCUUUGUUGUCUUCACACUUCCUUCCAUGUAUUUAUUGCAAGGUUCGUCCUGUAAACCAGAAGAGCAUACACAGUGGCCUCGCUGGCCGUGUUUUCCUUUGUUUGCUGUGCAAGUGCGGGGCCCACCCUGGACCGGGGUUGGGGGGCGCCUCGCUCAGCCCAGUUUUGUUUGGGUUUGUGCUUCUGUGCGUGGACGACGCGUCUGCAACAGCUUCAUCUGAGACCUAAGAGGAUGCUGCCCCCACUUGGACUUGUGAAAAGGGAGCUCAACUGUUAAAAUUUGAGGUGGUUUGAGGGCCACCAGCCACCAUACACGGUCCGGCGGGCACCCUCGCAUCUAACAGAUGUCGUUCAUUCUCAGAACUCGUACAUGUGAAAUGUCCUGUCUCAUCACUCAUUCCCACCCAGGGCAGCUUCGACAGGUUUUUCAGGAGACCGUGUUCCUACCGGGGCCCCGAGAGGGUCUCCAUAGUCUCGAUUGUCCCUGGGAAAUGUCAAUCACUGGUCUGCCCCGAAACCCACUGCCGUUUCUAGAAAACCAGUCUAGGCUGAGAGUAAGCAUGUUCUGUUCAAGAAGGAACCCCUUACCCCCACCCCCGUAAUGCCACGUGGUUCCCCAGUGACCUUGGCCAUAUCCACCAACUGAUUGCUGACCUACAAAACCGCAGAUUCUGGAACUGUCCCUGGGGGUCAUGUGACUGUCUGAGCCCCCACCCUGACCCCAGGAACUGCGGACGACCCCACCCCGGGACCAGAGUACCUUUCUGACCUUCCCACGAGCCAGGACUCUGGUGGAGCAACCACAGCGCCUAAACUCCAGGAUUUUAAGGAAAAAUCAGAACUGAUGGCUGGACAGAGAGAACGCGGGGUCGCUGGAAGCGCUGGUCUGGUCGUGACCUCCCCCAUGCUCGGUGGGGCCGCGGUUCCCUUGCUCCCGGUUAUGCGGAGGCCAGGGCGGCUGGCGCCGGCUGAUGCUGCCCUCACUGUGGCCCCGUGGAACUGGCAGUGGGAACGGAAAGUGGCUUAACUUCCUUUCUAAUCUUGCUGGCUUCAAGGUUAGAAAAUGGCGAAUUUGCUCUGAAAUGUUUGAGAAGACAAAUAAAGUUGUUACUUUGGGCAGAA